ACUAAUGUGUGGGGAGGGGUGUCCUGUUCCGUGUGUGUGGGACCCAAAGGCCAGGAGUCUCUCUCCCAGCCACUGUGCGUCAGUGUGUAUGUGUACAUUUGUGCAUGUUUCCUCUGUGUGUGUAAGUGGGUGGCUGUGUGUCUGUAGGUUUUCAGGAGUCACACCCCACUCUUAGCUGCUGUGUGUUAUGUGUGUGUAUGUCUCUGUGUGUGGUAUACUGUUAUAGUCUGUGUGUAUAUGACACUGUGUGCAUGUGUGUGACGUGUGUUACACUGUGCUACACUGCGACACUGCAUGUUACACACUGAAUUACACUGUGCUCUGAGUGUGAUACAUGCUCUUUGUGUUAGUCUAUUAGUGUAUCACAUCUGUUAGUGUGUUACACUGUUACACUCUCUAUUACACUGUGUUAUUCCCUGUCUUAAAUUUCUGUGUGCAACUGUUACACGCAGACACACAAAGAGUACACUGUGCUCUGUGACACGGUUACACUUUCUGUGUUACACUGUUAGUGUGUUACACUGGUUUAUGCUCUCUUUGUGUGUUACAUCCUAUGUGUGUUACAUUUGUAUGUGCAACACUUUUGCUUUGUGUCUCUAUCAGAGUGUUUGUGUUAUACUGCUAUGCUCUGUGUGACACUGUGUGUUACACUCUGUGUGUUACUGUGCCUGUGCACAACACUGUUAUGCUCUGUGUGUUUAUGUUAUGCUGUAUGUAACUGUGGUCUCGUGGAGUGGGCUGGCUCUGUCUUGGAGGUGCUGUCUGGCCCCAUGGCAGCCCCGAGCCUGGGUGCUGCUCUCCUGAUGGGCGUGGGGGGCCCAGCCUGGCUUUGGGGGAUGCCUCUGGGGCAGUGACUCCCCUCUGCUCCAGGCUGGAAUCUCCCAGGCAAAGGCAGGCUGUGUAGAUCAUCUCAUAACUCCCAGGGGUGAGCACCCAGUGCUGCCCUCCGGGAUGCCUGGGUCCCAUUCUCUGUCCCGGUUUCCCCCCCUCAGGGGUGAGCUGUAGUGUGUGCAUGGUGCUGUACUUGUCCCUCCAGGAUGGCCAUCCCCAGGCUCUCCCUGCGGCGCCAUCUACCCCGGAUACCUGGCCAUGCCCUGCAGCUCCGCUCCUGGCAGAUUCUCAAGCCCCUCACCCGUGUUGGGCUGCAGCCCACCAGCAAGGCCUUGUACUGCCGUGCCCCCACCCGGCUGCUCUCGCGACUCUGGGGGGUGCUGACAGGGCUGGCGCUGCCCCGCUGGCUGCAACGCCCCCUGCUGGCGCUCUACGUCUGGGCCUUCUCCGUCAACAUGGCCGAGGCAGCUGAGGAAGAUCUGAGUGGCUACCGCAGCCUUGGGGAGCUCUUCCGGCGCCCGCUCAAGCCCUGGGUGCGUCCCAUUGCACCCCAUGACAUGGUCAGCCCGGCAGACGGCUGCAUCGUGCACCUGGGCCGGGUGCGAAGGAGCCGCCUGGAGCAGGUGAAGGGGGUGACGUACUCCCUGGAGAGCUUCCUCGGGCCCCAGGACUGGAGGGAAGAUGGGGGCAGGGGUCUCUCCCCAUGGUGGCACCGGGGGCACCGGCUCUAUCAGUGCAUCAUCUAUCUGGCACCGGGCGACUAUCACCGCUUCCACUCGCCCACCCACUGGCACAUCCGGCACCGCCGGCACUUCCCCGGAUCCUUGAUGUCGGUGAGCCCGAGUGUGGUGCGCUGGAUCCCGGGGCUAUUCUGCCACAACGAGCGGGUGGUACUGAGCGGGAAGUGGGCCCACGGCUUCUUCUCUCUGACUGCCGUGGGGGCCACCAACGUGGGCUCCAUCCGCAUCUACUGCGACCAGGACCUUCGAACCAAUUGCGCCCACCACAUGCAGGGCUGCUACCACGACCUCAGCUACUUGGCCUGGGCAGGGCCAGCCGGGGUCCCUGCCCCCAAGGGAGCCGGCCUGGGCGAGUUCAACCUGGGCUCCACCAUCGUCCUUCUCUUCCAGGGGCCCCGGCGCUUUGGCUUCCGCACCAGUGCUGGGUGCAGGGUGCGGGUGGGGCAGGCGCUGGGCAGCCUGUGACGUGGCGGGCAGAGGAGCAGGCCCCCAUUUCAGGGCGGGACCCUGAUUUCCUGGGGAGAUUGGCGAACCCCUUCACUGCCAUGGGGGGACACCCCAGAUUCAGUGGGGUACAGGGAGGAGACACCACACUUGUGGGAGAAGGGAACCCCCCCAUUUCAGAUGGGAGAAUUGGACCCCUCUUUACUGGGGGGAAGGGAGGGGUCCCCCAUUCCAAUAGCCCCUCCAGCUUUUUAGUGAGGAAUGUGUGGGGCUUUGAUACCCCUUAAGAGCCAUGGAGGAAACAUAGGAGUGACCCUGAUCUUAGCAGGGGAUGGGAUUUUUGGAGGCGGGAGCACGAGGAACCAUACAUUCAAGAGGGGGGGCAGAGAGCCCCCCGCACUAGAAGGGACCCCACUUUCCAGUGAGGGAAUAUGGGGUGAAUCUGUUGCCCCCCCCACCUUUAAUUCCAAUGGCGGUAAAAAGAAGCUACUUGGUUUUAAGUGGGGGGCAGUCCCACAUUCAGCGGGGAGGGCAUGGGGGUGAAUCUGAGCCUCCCCCCUUAAUUCCAAAGGGGGAUGAUAUGAAUGGGGCUCAGGGGAGCUCCUUCCCAGAUCCUUUGGGGUUGAAAUCUGGGGGGAACAUUUGUACCAUCUCCUCUGCCCCCCUGCCACCCCCCACGCCAUCCCAGCACCAUAAAGCCGUCUGAGCACCAUGGGGCAGAAUAGCUCUGAAAUAGAGCUUUCUAUUUUCAUA